GCCCAUUCGCCGCCGCUUGCGCAGUCCGCGUCGCGCGGCAAGAGUUUUCCUACGGAAAAAUUGUGUCGCGAGUGUGGGACACAACGCACAAACGUCCUUCACCUUACCUGUGAUCGACUGUGUCCCGCUGACUGUGCUAAUAUGGAUUGUGUGUAUGGCUUUUAAGUGUAAAAGUAGUGAUUUUCUUUACGGCAGCGCCCCAGGUCCACCCUUUUGCUGCUAACUUCCUUAACACUUUCAUAAUGGACGCGGCACGACAAGUGUCGGCUCACUGGCUGUCUGCAAUAGUUCUUCUGUGUUCAUUCUUCUCAACUCACUCGCUCAACACUAAGAUUCAUGAACACAUGACGACAGACGAGCUCAGAAAUGUCUUCCAUGUGGACCACCACAGUCACGUCCCACAGUACCAUUUAGUACACCUAACGCACCACCUUUCAAGGCGGAAUAUCCCAACUUCACACUCAUCAAAUUCCCACUCACCGAACACAGGCAAAGUGCCUCACGAGAAGAUCUCAAAAUCUACCAAAUCUGAUAAUCCACCGUCUCUUCUUAAUGACGAAAUGUUCGUCAAAGCGAAGGAGUACAUAAAAGACAUUGAUAUAAUUGGAGAUUUGAAUAAAACAGUGAGCGUGCAGUUCAAUGUGUCGAAUUCUAGUGAAGUUAAUGAUAGUGUUAGUGUUGGUGAUACAGAACAUCCCGUGGACGAUCAGGGAGACGAUGUGCAUAAGAUUGAGCUGGAGGCGUUUGGGAGACUUUUGAAGCUGGUGUUGAAGAAACAAGAAGGAUUAGUGAAGAAGGAUGGACUGAAGAUGUGGCGAGUACUUACAAAUGAUUCGCAACCCCAUGGAGUGGAUUAUGAGGAGAUGAAUGCGGAAGGUGAAGAAGAUAUCGGAGAUCUCUACCAAGACGACGAAAAUGGCGCUGCUCUUUUGAUCAGAAGGCAUCCGAAUCAUGGAAAACUUGUUGUGGAGGGCUCGAUAGGGCACGAUCUAGUGAUACGUCCGAUUCCAGACUCCAUGAUGGCUCCAGAUGACGAGAUGUUCAUGGACCCCACCAGCAUGAGAGAUAUGGUAUCGAUUGAUACUGGACUUCCUAUUGUAAAAAGAAAAAAGGUUGAACGAGAAGAAAUUAAAAGGGCGCUACAGGGUGCAGGACACGUCAUCAUAAAAAGGGAUCCGGCACAGGGCGACCACUUGAGUGAUUACGCUUUCAUGGAACCUGACCGCCUGGCUAAACGCUUCAGAAGGAAAAGAUCGACGGAAUCGCUGAGCAGGCGGAAACGGGACGCACCAUAUGUUAUAUAUCCAGAAAUCUUAGUUAUCGUUGACUAUGAUGGCUACAGGUUACACGGAGGUGAUAACUUGCAGAUAAAAAGAUACUUCGUAUCCUUCUGGAAUGGCGUCGAUCUGAGGUACAAACUGCUCAAGGGGCCAAGAAUAAGAAUAUCAAUUGCUGGCAUUAUCAUAUCUCGGGGUCGGGACGCCACGCCGUAUCUGGAGAGGAACCGCGUUGGACGUGAUGCUAUUGACUCAGCUGCUGCUCUCACGGAUAUGGGUAAAUACCUCUUUAGAGAGAGGAGAUUACCAGUCUACGACAUAGCUGUGGCUAUCACUAAACUAGACAUGUGCAGAAGACAAUAUGCGAACGAUGCGUGCAAUAGAGGGACUGCAGGAUUCGCGUACGUUGGAGGCGCGUGCGUGGUGAAUAAGCGACUUGAAAAGGUCAACUCUGUUGCUAUCAUCGAAGACACAGGUGGCUUCUCCGGUAUCAUUGUUGCCGCCCACGAAGUUGGACAUUUACUAGGAGCAGUUCACGACGGAAGUCCACCACCGUCAUACUUAGGAGGCCCAGGAGCUGAGAAGUGCAGAUGGGAAGAUGGAUUCAUUAUGUCUGAUCUCAGGCACACGGAGAAAGGUUUCCGUUGGUCCCCUUGCAGUGUUCAGAGUUUCCAUCAUUUCUUAAACGGAGACACUGCGACUUGUUUGUAUAAUUCCCCGCAUGAAGAUGACUCACUGCCCAGGGUACUUCCCGGACGCUUACUUACUUUAGAUGCUCAGUGUCGAAAGGACAGAGGAACUAGUGCAUGUUUUAAGGAUGAGCGUGUCUGUGCGCAACUUUUCUGCUUCGACGCAGCAAGCGGAUACUGCGUUGCGUACAGACCCGCCGCUGAGGGUUCUCCGUGUGGUGAUGGGCAGUACUGUAUAAAUGGUCGGUGUAUAACUGAGCACGAGAACAUAAUACCGGACUAUUCGCAACACACGCCGAGCUACAUUCGACCUGAGACUAGUCCCUUCUACGGAAAUAUCACGAGUACCGAAGCGACAACACAGCCAUACGUAGCUAGCACGUCAGGGCCAGAACUGUACAAGCCAAACUAUUACCAAUAUUACCAAAAGAAAACAAGUCCCGAACAAUCGUCGACAACAACAGCGACGACAAUGAGGACGACAACCACAACUACGACAGUUAGAACAACAACAAAUCCAUUCAAAUAUUACUUCUUUACAACAAGACGACCGAUCACAGAAAAAACAACAGAAGCACCACAUCUGUCCAGUACACAAACGCCUGUAAAAAUUAACUCAAUAUCGACAACUAAAAACCCAUACGAUUUUACCAACUUUACGAAUAAAGCCGCAAAAUCUGAAGGCGACGAUCCGAAACGCGGUUUCUUCAAAAAAGAGGAGUUAGACAAUUACUUCGGGAGGGGUACGACCAAAAGUCCUUUCUCAAAUAAGGUUAUAAAAUCACUAUUCAAGAUAGGAACAUAUUACUCACAAGCAAAAUCAUCAGACAACUCAAUAAGACCAGACGCUAAUUCUCAGCAAGUUCAAAUCGAGCCAGCAAGAUUAGUCUACUCAUAUCAGAGGAAUCUGACGUCCGGAGAAAUUAUAAGAACAUAGAAUUGCCAAAUUAAUUAUUGUAGCCGCCAUUAGCAAAAUGAGCGGGAAAAAUAUUGAAGACUGCUUGCUGGACUAGAGAUGGUACCUAGGUACCACUAAAGCCUGGAUAGUAUACCAGGCAGUUGGUCUCCAGCCUUUAUAUACAUUUCAGAUUGUGAAACGUGCGCACAUACCUUAUGUGAAUAUUACUUCCAUAAUAAAGACUCUUAAUCUGCAUACUCCAAA